AUAAGGCAAAGCUUUCUGCAAGGUAAUGUGAUUUCUGACAAUCACGGCUGCUCUUGGUACUACGAAUGGCACAGUUAGCCCAUGGUUCCACUGAGGCAGGGAUGUAUUGUUUUCAAAGCUGCUUUUUGCUGUGCUGAAUGGACUUGUGGCUGGAUUGUACUAACUGAUACCAAAGAGAACAGAAGACACCAUGUAUAAAAGGUACUUCACAGAGAUGAUGUGUUUUUGAUCAGGUGGAAGUAUCAGCUGAUGUGAAAUGAGCCUGUUGCUUUGGUUUGGAGGAGUCAGACCAUUUCUGCUUCUGUUGCUCCUGCUCUGCUGUGGGACCCUGCCAACCUGGACCAAGCCCAGCAGACACCAAGGGUCCCACAGACUCACACGCAACCACACAGAUGAUAUCAUACUUGCUGUCAUACUCCCUCAGCAUAAUACUUCCUACCCCUGGGCAUGGCCUCGUGUGGGACCCGCACUGGAGCAUGCCAUAGCCCACAUCAAUGCCAACCCCACUCUGCUGCCCCAACACCACCUUCGACACAUUUUUGCAAACAGUGAGGAUGGAGAUGGCAUCUGCUCGGAGUCUAUCGCCCCUCUCAUGGCUGUGGACCUGAAGUUUGAACACAACCCUUGGGCCUUUAUAGGACCUGGUUGCGACUAUACCUCCUCCCCUGUUGGGCUGUUCACGACUCAUUGGGGCCUCCCAAUGAUCACAGCAGGGGCCCCUGCCGUAGCUUUUCUGCAUGUGGAGAUGUACACUUCUAUAACUAAUACGGGUCCCACACACAAGAAACUGGGCGAGUAUGCCCUCCACCUAUACAGGCAUUUCGGCUGGCACCAACACACCCUGCUGAUGUUCAGUGACACUAAAAUGGGUGACAGGGCAUGCUACUUUGCCCUGGAGGGGCUGUACACUGAGAUGCAUGAGGAGAACAUCACAACCAUGGACCUGGUUUUCGAGGAGAAUAAAGGGCCUGUUAACUACUCUGAACUCCUGCAUAAGAUUCAGGAGGAUGGCAGAGUGGUGUUCGUGUGUUGCUCUCCGGAUGUUUUUCGUCAGUUGAUGGUGCACUUCCGCAGGGCAGGUCUCCCUCAGGAGGAGUUUGUAUUCUUCUACAUUGACAUCUUUGGACGUAGUUUGCAGUCCCAGUCUUCUAGGCCAUGGGCCAGAGGGGACCCAGAUGAUGCCCUUGCGAAGGAGGCCUUCCAGAGUGUGAAGAUUUUGACCUACCUAGAGCCCCAGAAUCAAGAGUACAAAGAAUUCAUCACUAAUCUGAAAUCAGAUGCCAAAAGAAUGUUCAACUUCACAGUGGAGGAUUCUUUGAUGAACAUCAUCUCAGGUGGUUUCUAUGAUGGUCUGAUGUUGUACUGCCAUGCUCUGAAUGAAAGUCUUUCAGAAGGACAAGGACGACCCUCAGGAGAGUCUGUCACUAAAAGAAUGUGGAACCGAACUUAUUAUGGGGUCACUGGUACGGUGCAAAUUGAUGAGAAUGGAGACAGAGAGACCGAUUUUGCCCUGUGGGACAUGACUGAAACCAACUACGGCAACUUUCAGCUUGUGGCAAUGUUUAAUGGCACACAGAAACAGAUGAAGAUUCUGCCGGGGAUAGCCAUCCAGUGGCCAGGGGGCAACAUACCUUUGGAUGUGCCCCUCUGUGGGUUUAAGAAUGAAAACCCUGCCUGUCGUGCACGAACUAUUGCAAUGCACCACAUGAUUUCAAUUGUAAUCUUCUUCAUCCUCAUCCUCAUCUUCACUGUGAUGGUGUUUAUAUACAGAAAGCUGAAGCUGGAGAAGGAGUUGGUCGCUCAGUUAUGGAGGAUCUCUUGGGAGGACAUUCAGAUGAGCAACCUGGAAAAGGCCAUGAGGAGCACUGGCAGCAAACUCACUCUCUCUCUGAGAGGUUCAAACUAUGGAUCACUGCUGACUGGUGAUGGAAAUUUCCAGGUGUUUGCAAAGACUAGCAACUUUAAGGGCAACAUCGUGGCAAUUAAAUAUAUCAACAGGAAGCGCAUCGAGUUAACGAGGAAAGUGUUGUUUGAACUGAAACACAUGAGAGAUGUGCAGAAUGAGCAUUUGACACGUUUUAUCGGCGCCUGCAUCGACCCACCCAAUAUCUGCAUUGUCACAGAAUACUGUCCUCGAGGCAGCCUGCAGGACAUCUUGGAGAAUGAAAGCAUCACACUAGACUGGAUGUUCAAAUAUUCUUUGAUCAGUGACAUAGUGAAGGGCAUGGCUUUCCUCCAUAACAGUGUAAUUGUAUCCCAUGGCAACCUGAAGUCAUCUAACUGUGUGGUAGACACUCGUUUUGUGCUCAAGAUCACAGACUAUGGGCUGUCCAGCAUCAGGACGGAGUCAGACACAGACGACGCACACUCUUAUUAUGCACGUAAGCUUUGGAUGGCUCCAGAGCUGUUGAGGUUGGAGAGCUUUUCUCCAGGUGGCACACAGAAAGGGGACGUCUAUAGUUUUGGCAUCAUCCUCCAGGAGGUGGCACUACGCAGAGGAGUCUUUUACCUGGAGGGUGACUUGCUCAGCCCCAAAGAGAUUGUGGAUCGAGUAGCACUGGUUGAAUGGCCGUACCUGCGGCCAUCAGUGAACCCUCAAACCCACAGUGAAGAGCUGGGCCAGCUGAUGCAGCGUUGCUGGGCUGAAGAACCAUCAGAUAGACCUGAGUUCAACCACAUUAGUGUAUUACUUCGUAAACAGAAUAGGGAGCACAGAAGUAAUAUCUUGGAUAAUCUUUUAUCUCGCAUGGAGCAGUAUGCUAAUAAUCUUGAGGAGCUGGUAGAGGAUAGAACUCAAGCCUACCAUGAGGAGAAACGCAAGGCAGAAACUUUACUGUACCAGAUCCUCCCUCAUUCAGUGGCAGAGCAGUUAAAGAAGGGUGAGACUGUGCAGGCUGAAGCUUUUGACUCUGUCACAAUCUACUUCAGUGAUAUUGUGGGCUUCACCUCUCUAUCAGCAGAGAGCACACCUAUGCAGGUUGUUACCCUCCUUAAUGAUCUCUACACCUGCUUUGAUGCCAUUAUAGACAAUUUUGAUGUUUACAAGGUGGAGACAAUAGGGGAUGCCUACAUGGUGGUUUCAGGACUGCCGGUACGGAACGGGAAAAUGCAUGGUCGUGAAAUCGCACGCAUGUCCCUUGCUCUAUUGGAGGCUGUCAAAACAUUUAAGAUUCGCCACCGACCUGACGAGCAGCUCAAAUUACGAAUCGGCAUCCACAGUGGCCCUGUCUGUGCAGGCGUAGUUGGGCUAAAGAUGCCCCGUUAUUGUCUUUUUGGAGACACAGUGAACACAUCCUCUCGGAUGGAGUCAAAUGGAGAACCUCUGAGGAUUCAUGUGUCGUCAGCCACUCGAGACGUGCUACAGGAGUUCAACUGCUUCCAGCUGGAGCUGAGAGGAGAUGUUGAGAUGAAGGGAAAGGGGAAGAUGAGGACCUAUUGGCUUCUGGGGGAGAGCAAGAACAGUGAAUGAAACAGCUUGAAUAAGAGCAAAUAGCUCCACGGGAUCAAUCGAGACACAGACUGUAGUCAAUUGCAUCCACAGGGAAACCUUCAAGACUGUUUGGGGCCAGUUCAGUUUGCUCAAGGCACACCUACAUUACUGUGUACAGCACUGUUGGAGGCAAAGUCUGACCUUUGAAUAUAUGGACUUCAAGGUGUUUUUUUUUUUUGUUAUAUGCUAUCACCAUUCAACACAAGUUGUUAUUGCAGUUGUAAUUCAAUGAAUAAAAGUAAGAUUGUGUGCUUUUGAACAUCACCCCCUGGUGGAUAGCUAGCAGCAUCAAGUUUGAUUUACUGUAUUUAAGUGUUAUUGCUUAUACCUAAUAUGUUUACUUUCAAGGGUGUAUGCAGGAGACAUAAUUAUGAGUUAUUGCUGGGGUUUUUAUAGGUCUUAUUCAUAUGGGUUGAUGAAAAGUCAGGCAUUAUUUACUUUUUUUUUUUUUUUUUACCAUUUUGUCAUUUUAUUUAUCUUGUGUAAAAUUGUAAACAACUCAUAUUCCAAAUCUUUUAUCUUCUCAAAUAGACCUGUCUGUCAAAUCACACUGAAUGAUUGAGUGGCUUUAGUUCUAAGAGACAUUUUUUGUUGCAUGUGGUUGAUGCCUCAGUUUUGUGAGCCACACAGAUCUACAGCAGCUUUAGGACACAUAUCAUAUAAAAUAAUGCAUAAAAAUAAACUCACUUACUGAUCAAUAAUACAGCUCAGUUUAAUUUUAGAUCUUUUGAAGGGGACUAUAUCACUGUUCUAAAACAGGGAAAAUGAGGUUGCUUAGCUGUGCCAUUAUAAUUUCAAAUGAUUGAAUUUUAUUUCAAAGAUCAGAUGUAAGUUUGCUGAGAACUACUUGUCAUGACACUGUUUUACAUGUUUUAUUGUGAUUCUGUCGCUGUGGGAAGAGUUUUAUUUUUAUUAUUUCUGUAACAUUUGUCAUGUUUUAUGGUUAGUCAAGUAGAAUCAUAAGCACACUGUAUGCUUACAUUUCUCAGCAUAGUGCUUUUAGGUAAUGAUUAAGCUGUUAACUUCUAGCACAAGGGUUUUUCAAUCAUUAGUAACCAGCAAAGCAGUUACUGCCCCUGAAACUGUCUCCAGAAUAUCCACAUAAGAUUGUAAUUAUUAUGCAGGAUUAUAAUGCAGCACAUUACAGACAUAAUUUCCAACUGUGCAAAUAA